UCGAUGUCGUCAUUGGGAAGCACUGUCGCUGCCUGGAGUCGCCUCCGCCGUGGAGAAUGGACGAGCCCAGGCUGCAAGGGCGACCGGCCGCGGCACCAUCACCUUUAAAACAUCUCUAUGGACAAAACUAGAACAGUCCCUUUAAGAUGACACGCACAGACCCGCCUGACAUACUGGUAUCAACUGUGCAUCAAGACAUAAAAGUAAUUCCUAUUUCUUCACACUUCAAGUCCUUGCAGCCUUUCACACAAUGUGAUGCUAUAAACAUCAACACACUGGAGGACAGUAUAAGUACAGUCAAUAAGAGGCACUGCCGCACUUUUGACUCCAGGUCAUUAGAAUACCCCAAAUCCCACAAGUACACAAUGGAGUCCCCAUUCAGAAAGACAGAUAGGCAUGCAGCCAACCCAGAUGUGGCCUGGAAUGCCUUGGGCCGGCAGCAGAGGUACCGCUUCUCAGCACCGGACAUUUUCAGCCAUAGACUCACUCCUCAGCCAAUGGGAGCGGACAUUUCCACUGAAGUAGUUUCUGAGCAAAAAAAAAGGACUAGAUCAAAAAGUGCCCCUCGCGUCCAAACACACUUCACUCCAGUGUCUUUUGAAAGGACUCCAUCUUCAGGGAGAAAAGGGAGGGAGUCACAGAGGACCCCUCGGGAAGCCAGAUGGAGACCUGAAGUAUCGCCACGUAGAGAAUCGUCUCAUGCUGCUACUAGGGCUCACAUGCAUGAAAUGCACCCUCUUAAGCUACAGCCUCAAAUGGCUGACAGCACUCGAUACUCUCCACAUUAUGGUGCUGAUAAUUUGGAUGACAGAGGGCAUGACAAACCUGCCACUAGCCCUCAUGUCAGGUGUCGCAUGGACAUCAAACCUGACAAUGGUGCUGUUCAGCAUUCAAAACAUAAACAGGCCUCACCUAACAUGGACAUCCCGUGGCAGAGGCAUCACAGCAGUGGCACCAGGAGCCUGACUGUGCCUCGACAUUUCUCCUACUCCCGAACACCAACACCAACAGACUCUGACAGCAGACAUGCCUAUCAAUACUCGCGUAGCAUGCCAAACAGUUAUCUACAACCAGUGGAGGUUUCCAUGCAGAGAAUGCCUUCUUCAACUGAAUAUUAUGGCCGAGAACGAAGAGCUCAUUCCAGUCCUAAUGUGCCAACCAGAUUUUUUUAUGCAGAUGACCCUAACAGAUAUGUCACUACUGCUCCACCUCAGCCAAGCUCUUACUACCACGAUGAACGCUACACCCCAGGUCGUUCAUACUCACACUCUCCUAAAGUACAAUAUGUUCAAGAUCCAAGGACACGAAUGGUGCAUGCAGUAUCCACAAAGUCCUAUUACCCAGAGAUAGACUCAUACCCAUACUCAGGUUUUCCGAAAGCGUAUGGGGCCAAUGAGCCUGGUCCAUACAUCAUUCAAACACCUCCUGCAAGGAUAAUCUAUGGGGAUGAUCCAAGAUCUUACCAAAUACAAACAGCUCCACCAAGGUUCUACUAUCCCGCUGACAUGUAUGCUAUGGCUCCAGAGCACCACAUACCAUCAAGAGCCUAUUACACGGAAGGACGCCGACAUGCCAGAGUAAUGCAGGCACAAGCCGACGAAUGGUAUGGCUCAGACGCAUCCGGAUAUUCCACUAACCCUGCCUCCUAUGUGUCACAAGUUACUCCAACCAGAGUCCAACAAGAGCCAGCCUUAUCAUCAUGGUAUACUAAUCCAUGUGUGGAGCCCCCAAGAAUUGGCACAGAGGCCAAAUCCUACUCUAGGUCCUGGGACAACAUUCUUAACUCUCGCGUUGAGCGAGAACAGCCCGUACAUCGUGGACAGAGCUUUGAUGAUCUUCUUGAGUCCAGGAAACCCCCUACAGAAACAGAUGACAAGCCACAACCAGUGGUGGUAAAUCUCUCUAGUUCACCAAGACGAUAUGCUGCUCUGUCCAUGUCUGAUAAUUCGCUGGUUGACAAAAGCCCAACAGAGGCCUCAAAGAGCCCCACCAGUAAACUCUGGUUUGUAACACCAGAGAUAACAAUCACGGACAAUGACAUACGACCGGGAAACCUCAGCAAGGCAGAUGGGAGGUCUGCUAGUUGGGACAUUCUUGACUCCAGAAGCACAGAUGGCCCAGAGCAUUCUCAGCAUGGCUUUGAAGGACCAACCAAAGAAAAAACACAUGACAAUGCCUCACUACAGCAGAGCCUUGAGCAGCUUGAUGAGCUUCUAGCAGAUCUUGUGACAGACUACAAGCCCCCAAGCCGAAGAACCAGUGAGGACAUUCUUGAUCAGUUGAAGAAGUUAAUAGAUGAAGAGGAGGCAGUGUCUCUUUCUAGAAAAAGCCCAAAGGUCUGUGUGGAGGAGCCCCCUCCUCUGGACAAACAACCCACUUCCAUAAGGAUGACCCCAGACUUUCGGGACAUGGAUGGAGCAAGUGAUGCCAUGAAGAGUGCAGAUGAAUGCUCCCCAGAUCAAAGUCCCGAUGAGGAUGAUACCAUGAUGUGCUCCAACAACAAAUGUCGAAGAACUGAGACUUUAUUUAAUGCAUGCUUGUACUUUAAAUCCUGCCACAGCUGCUACACCUAUUACUGCUCCAGAAACUGUCGCCGAGAGGACUGGGAUUUGCAUAAGGAGAGUUGCUUGUAUGGCAGAAUUGGCAGCACAUGCCGCCACAUCAUCAAACACUGCCGAGAGACUGUUGAUGUUCACAAAGCCUUCUCUCGUAUCGCUAAAGUUGGCUAUCUUUCCCGAGGCAGAGGAGUGCUGUUCCUGGGCUUCCCAAACCCUGCCUCUUCUAGUAACUUUUUACAAUAUGGACUGGAUAGUUUACAUAUGUCCCCCACGUACCUUUCCCUUCGAGAACUCGAGAGUUUCAAAGACAACCUUGGGGAGUACUGCAAGGAGCUACAGGAAGCAGGGAGAGAGUAUGACCCCAACGAAUGUUUCAUUUUGAAUGUAUCUAUUGCUGUAGGAGACCAACUACCUGAUGGUCCAUCGCCAAGGAACCAGGCUCCAACUGUUAGAAAAUAUGCAAAGGUAGCCCUGGCCUCUUUCAGUCCUGAGAGGAAGGUUCAUAAGAAAGACAGUGAGAUGGAGACUCUCAUCCUCACGCCUCCCCCUGGAACAGCUGAUAUUGACAAAGAGGGAGAGGAGGGCAGGAAGGCUCGAGAAAUCUGCUUCAUAAAUAUACAGAGGGAGCUACGCAUACGCGGAGUGUUCCUUCGACAUGAGUACCCACAGGUAUACCAGCAACUCUGUGAAUUUGUGGAGAGUAACAGAAGGUUCACACCCACCACUAUAUAUCCCAUAGAUAAGAGGACAGGUAAGCAGUUCAUGUGCAUGAUCAUGGCUGCAUCAGAGCCCAGGACUUUAGACUGGGUGGGAACACCACAUCUCCUUGAUGAUAUCAUUUAA